AUGGCAGCCCUCCCCGCAGCCCCGCCCGGCAGCCCCAAGGGCAGCCCCACCGCCGGCAACAGGACCGCGUCCCCGCUCGCGGCCCCCACCAUCGCCGACCUGCUGGAUGGCGUCGCCGUGCUCGUCACCGGGGGGACGGGCUUCCUCGGCGGCGUCCUGGUGGAGAAGCUGCUGCGGUCCUGCCCCCGCCUGGCCAAGAUCUACAUGCUGGCUAGGCCGCGCGGCGGCCUGGACGCGAACGCGCGCGUCAAGCAACUCCUGGACAAGCCGCUGUUCGCGGGCCACAGCCAGGCCUCGCGGGCGCGCGUCGUGGCCGUGCCCGGCGACGUGUCGCUGCCCGGGCUGGGGCUGUCGUCCGAGGACCACGCCACGCUGCUGCGCGACGUCCAGGUCGUGUUCCACGCCGCCGCCACCAUCAACUUCAACGCGGCCCUCGCCACGGCCGUCAACAUCAACGUCCUGGGAACGCGGCGCGUGCUGCAGCUGUGCAAGGACAUGCCCUCGCUCAAGGCCAUGGUGUACUUGUCGACGGCCUACUGCAACAGCACGCUGCACGACACGGUCCGAGAGCGAGUCUACCCCUCUGGCCACGACCCCAACAGCAUCAUCAGCAUCGUGCAGGACACGGACCCCGAGGCCCUCAAGGACAUGACGCGCAGCCUGCUCGGCGGACACCCCAACACGUACUCGUUCACCAAGCAGCUGGCAGAGAACGUGCUCCUGAGCGAGCGUGGGGACGUGCCCGUCGCCAUCGUGAGGCCCUCCAUCGUGAUGGGCACCUGGUCCGCCCCGUUCCCCGGCUGGGUGGACAACGUCAAGUCGGGGUCGUUCGCCUUCAUCGCGGGCGCCAUCAAGGGCGUGUUUCGAGUGACGCUGGCCGACCCGGACAAGGUGGCCGACCUGGUGCCCGCCGACCACGUCGCCAACCUGACCAUCGCCGCGGCCUGGGGCGCCGCCAUGACGGGGAAGGGUCACGACAUCCAGGUGUACCACAUGACCUCCGGCAACAGCAACCCGCUGCUGUGGCGCGACUACGUGGACCUGGUGGUGCAGAAGUGCCGCGAGAGGCCGUGCACGGGCAUGACGUGGUACCCGGACGCCAAGUGCCGCAGCAGCUACCGGCGUUGCGUCCUCGUCAUGUACCUGUUCCACCUGUUCCCGGCCAUCUUCGUGGACCUCCUGGCCCGCGCGACUGGCCGCAAACCCGAGUGA